UUACCUCUAUUUUGAACAGGCUAAAGGUCUUACAGAUUAGCGACGGUCUGGAACAUCUCGGUAGUAUGAGGUGGCCUCUGGUUGGUUGUCUCGCUAUCACCUACAUCGUAGUGUUCUUUUGUCUCCUUUGGGGGAUCAAGGUGUCAGGAAAGGUGGUGUACUUCACAGUUUGUGCUCCUUACAUCCUCAUCACUAUUUUCCUGAUCCGGGGCUGUCUACUUCCGGGUUCGGCUGACGGAAUAUAUUACUACAUGUACCCGAAUUUUGAGAAGCUGGUGGAUCCCAAGAUUUGGAUUGAAGCUUGUAAUUAUGCAUUGUCCGCACCAGGAAUUGCGUUUGGAUGUCUUCCAACAAUGGCAGGACACAACAAACUUAACAACAAUUGCUUAAGGGACGCGUUGGUCCUAGUUACCGCUGUUGCAUUGACAACUAUGUACAUGGGGUUUGCCUUCUUUGCCAUCAUGGGUCACGUUGCUCACCUGCGUGGUGUGACUGUAGAUUCGUUCCAAUAUUCAGGAUACAACCUUGGGUUCAUCACAUAUCCAGAAGCUGUGGCUUCACUCCCCUUGCCUCAGUUGUGGUCUGUCUUGACCUUCUUGAAUUUGCUAACACUGGGACUCGACUCUCUGUUACCAUGCUUUGAGAUCGCGGUAACGGCAUUGUCAGAUCAGUUUCCAAGCCUGUCUCGCCGACGUUGGGUGAUCAUCCUCAUGGUCCUGGUACCAUGCUUUCUCCUUGGUCUACUCUACAUGGCACAGGGUGGAAUGUACAUGCUUACACUGGUGGACUGGUAUGCGUUCUUCCCCUCCAUAGCAGUUUUUGCCAUGUUGGAAUGCUUUGUUGUCAGCUGGAUCUAUGGCACACACAGACUGCAGAGGGUCAUUAGAUUAAUGUGCGGGAAGACUGUCCCGAGGGUCAUGACCUUCAGCCUGAAAUUCAUCUGCCCCGGACUCCUCCUGAUCAUCUUCUGCUUCUCCCUGUACUCUUACCGACCCCCUAACUAUGGUGACUACAUCUACCCUACCUGGGCCACGGGACUUGGAUGGAUGAUAUCCUUUGGUUCAAUCUUUCCUUUGCCUGUUGUCUUCAUCUGGACGGUGUACAAAACAGAGGGAAAUUCAAUCAGAGAGAAAUUAAAGAAGUCGCUGGAACCUAACAUUCACUGGGGAUUAUCUUCGUCGCCUGAAAACACCAUGCAAUUAAUGUUCUAGAUUCAACACAUUUAUACUCCUUUCAUAUUACACGGGGAAUAUCAUAGUUUGGUGGUUUCAUGUGAACACUUGCUGAAAACGAUGGAUUUACGUAGUUGCCACAUCAUGAAAGGACUCAAACACCAUCUCCUCAUCUUCACAUUUUGUUUAUAUUUAUAAGUCCCCCUCUUUAAUCUAACGUAUAUGUUUAGUAACCAGUAACAACACUCAACAACUCAAUUUGCACUGCUAAUGGAACCUUUACUUUAAAUAGUGAUAGCUUAUUUAGUGGUCAAACAGCAUCAUGUAGACUCUGUAUAUUGUACGACGGCAAGAGCACGGGAGGUACAUGUAUGAAAGGCCCAGUCGUUCAAGCUGCUGCUACAGAGUUCAGUCCACAGGCGUUGCAUGAUCUGAUUAUUGGGUUAUCUGCACCAUGGGUGUGAUGCUUUGUCUCACCAAAUGGAGGAACGUCUGUGACAUGCAUCAAUUCUUGUUGCCCCUCGUAUGAUAUUGGAUCAGUGCAACCAAUAUUCCAACAUGGACAUGUUACAUCAGAGCAAUCAAUCUUCCAACAUGGACAUGUUACAUCAGUGCAACAAAUAUUCCAACAUGGAUAUGUUGCACCAGAGCAAUCAAUAUACCAACUUGGACAUGUUACAUCAGAGCAAUCAAUAUUCCAACUUGGACAUGUUUCAUCAGAGCAACCAAUAUUCCAACAUGGAUAUGUUACAUCAGAGCAAUCAAUAUUCUAACUUGGACAUGUUUCAUCAGAGGGACCAAUAUUCCAACUUGGACAUGUUACAUGAGAGCAACCAAUAUUCCAACUUGGACAUGUUACAUCAGAGGGACCAAUAUUCCAACUUGGACAUGUUACAUCAGAGCAACAAAUAUUCCAACAUGGACAUGUUACAUCAGUGCAAGCGAUAUUCCAACACGGAUUUGUUGCAUCAGUGCAUGGAUUAUUCCAACAUGGACAUGUUGCAUCAAGGAAACCCCUAUUUUUGGUUUUGUGAAGCAGACAUGAACAACGACACUCGCGCAAAAUACAGACUUGUGUACUGAGGCCUAAUGGUACCAACUCGCUACUUUAAAUCAUUUUAAACUGACAUUAUAAUUAUUUGUAUAUUGCUCCAAAUCCCGAUGUUUUUUCAUUCGCUUCGAGGAGUUUGUUUCUUGUGUGUUACCACCAUACACUCUACUAAAGGCACGUCCUUUUAA